UCUCUUAUCUGUGUUCCAAGAUAGUACAUUAAUCUAAAAAAAACAGAACCAAAAAAUUUGAGGUUAUGUUUUAUGUAUGUUUAUUUUCUUCAUCUUCCUAUUGUUAAUAAUCAAAUUUUCUAUUAAAUAAAUCUAUAUUAUAUUAAUAAAAAAUGUUUGCUAGAAAAGCUCAAAAACUAAUCGUUAUUAUGAAAAGUGAUCCCCAAAAGUAUACAUUCAGAUUUAAACAUAAAUUAGACAAUUUAAACAAGAAAUCAGAACCAGCAGCUGCUAAUGAUGUUAUUAAUUAUUUAGAUAACUUUCCUGAAUAUAAAGACUUGAAAGAACAGUUACCCAAAGGGUUGCUUAAAAAAUAUAAAACUCCAGAAAGCAUGUAUUUGAUAAAUAAAAAAACAGCGAAAAUAAUAGCAGCUACACUUAACAAACAUAUAGAUGAAUCUUCACCGGUAGUGGAAGUAAAUCCUGGAUUAGGAUAUUUAACUAAGGAACUGCUCAACUCACAAAUCAAUCAUAUUUAUAUGUUUGAAUCAUUGAACCACUUUUCAUCUCAUAUAAAUCAGUUACAAAUGCAGCAUCCUGGUAGAUUAAAAUAUAAAAUAGCAGAUUUUUUUGGUAUGUGGAAAUUAGCUUUUAAAGACAAAAUGGAUCAAGGUACUAGAAUUAAAGAUCUGUUAGGUGAUUUAGCUACUGAUAAUAAUGAUAGAGUAGUGAAAAUAGUUGGGUCAAUGCCUGGCUUAUCUUUUGUGAGGCAUUUGAUAAACAAUAUUAUUUUUCACAAUACAACAAACCAAUUAGGAAGACCAGAUCUCUUUAUUACCAUGCCUGGUUAUCAUUAUGAAUUUCUUACAGAUAGUCAAAUACAGUUAAAAAAGCAUAAGUCGACUCCAGCAUUAUUUCAGCUGUUGUUUGAUUUUAAAGUAUUAAAUACAGUACCAAAAGCUCAUUUUUUGCCAUGGACAUUUCCAGCAACUAGUAAACGGAUGACACUGAUGGAUGAGCAUUGUAUGUAUUUAGUUAACAUAACACAAAAGAAGAAAUUGCCUUGUCCACCUGAAUAUUUACCAUUGCUAUGGUAUUUCUUCAAACCACACAUGUUUUCUAAAUCUACAAAAGUUAUACCUAUGUUAGAGCAGUGGAUACCAGGAUGUGGCAUAUGGCUAAUCUCAGGACAAGAUCCUCCUGACAUUAAUAAAGAAAUAGCACCAGGUAAAGAAGACGCUGAACUUCCACAUAUGACAAUAUUCACAGAAUUUGGGGAUCUCAGUCUUAGUCAGAAGAUAACCAUUUUCAAAAAAUUUGUGUCAUGGCCAGAAUUUGAGCAAUGUCAGUUUAGAUUAACAAUGGAAAAUAACUUGCCAAAAUUUAUUAUACCUAUUGAAGAUGAAGAUAAGGACAAUAUUGGUACGCACAUAGACGAAAUAGAAAACUCAGACUCGGAAACAGAGACAUGAUGUGAAAAUAAAAAAUAACUUCAGAAGGAUAUAAGUAUUUUGUCUUUAUAUUUACAUUAUAUGAAAUAAUUCAGAGAAAUAUUUUAAUACAAUUCUUUAGAAACAAUAAAACAGUUACACUAUAUUUGUAUAAUUUUAACGAAAAUUUCGCCAUUGUUAUCAGUCUGAGAGCUUGCUUCGCUGCUCAUAGAUAAAAUCAUAAAUUUGACAAUGUAGAUAUAUUUAUAUUAUUUUCUAUUUCUGCCUAGCAGUUAGUGGCCAUCUAGGAAUGGUGAAACAAGCUCUAAUAAUUACAUUACCUUAUUGAUAAAAUACUGAUAAAGAAAUAUAAUAAUUGAAAUAAAUAAUAGUUUUAAUUUCAAACUAAA